AACUCUCCACAAGCAGCAGCUCUCCCGUCCGUCUCUCCUCUUCGUCCCCUUUGAGCUAUUCUGCUUCCUCAAACACUCCGUAGAGAGGGCUUCAGCUUCGGCCGAGGCUUAACCUGGGUGGAAGAACAAGGAUGCACUACCAGGCGGCGGCGGCAGCGGCAGAGGCGUGGGGGUACGUGGCAGCGGCGGCAGCGAGGGGGGCGACAAUGGACGCGCUAGAGCGGGUGGAGCGGCUGGCGGCGGAGAGCGCGGUGGUGAUCUUCAGCGUCAGCACGUGCUGCAUGUGCCACGCCGUGAAGCGUCUCUUCUGCGGCAUGGGGGUGAGCCCGACGGUGGUGGAGCUGGACGAAGACCCGCGCGGCAAGGAGAUGGAGCGCGCCCUCUCCCGCCUCCUCGGCGGCGGGGCGGCGGGCGGAGCCGCCGUGCCCGUGGUGUUCAUAGGCGGGAAGCUCGUGGGGGCCAUGGACCGGGUUAUGGCCGCCCACAUCAACGGCACGCUCGUCCCCCUCCUCAAGGAAGCCGGCGCCCUCUGGCUCUGAGACCAGCUACAUCCGAAACCUCAAAACAGUAUAACAACAUUAAUAGUGAGAUGUUCCUGUUAUAAUGUCAGCUGCAGAACACCAACUUUUAUAA